AUCACCUGUAUAGCUUUUCAUCAAAGUCAUGCGGGCGGCACUCGGUGCUCGACGCAUGUACACGCCGCCUCGAUGUGCAUCUCAUGCCCUCUCGCUCCCGCUCUUGCUCUUCUCGCGCCGCCUCUCCACAGCAGCUCACCCGGCGCCCGCGGUCUCCGCCUCUGCCACCGCCUCCACUCUGCCCUCCGUCCCGUCCCCCACCCCCACCGACACGCCCUACACCCUCCCAACCCUCGCAGAUCUCGGCCUCACCGAAGGCGCCAACGUCACCGUCGCGGUGUCGGGCGGCGUCGACUCGAGCGUCACGCUGCGCCUCCUCGCCGCCCUCCCCCUCUCCCUCUCCGUUCUCUUCAUGCGCAACUGGGACCCCGUACUCUCCGAGAACGCCCCGCCCUCCCCCCUCUCGCUUGCCUACAACACCCCCGCCACGCAUUCGCAAUGUACAUGGGAGCGGGACUGGGCGGAUGUGCGCGCGGUAUCGCGCGCCGUCGGCGUGCCCUCGGACAAAGUCCGCCUCGUCGAUCUGAGCUCGGAAUACUGGACGCGCGUAUUCGAGCCCGCCGUCGCGGAAUGGGACGCCGGGCGCACGCCCAACCCCGACGUGUGGUGUAAUCGCGAGAUCAAGUUCGGCGCGCUGCUUCAGCAUAUUCCCGACGGGCACUUUCUCGCUACAGGCCACUAUGCGCGUGUGAAGCGGGAGAAUGGGCGCGCGACGCUACAUCGCGCGCGGGACGCGAAUAAAGACCAGACGUACUACCUCUCGCAAGUGACGGAAGCAGCGCUUCAACGAGCAGUCUUUCCGCUCGCCAACCUUCCUAAACCAGCGGUGCGCGAGCUUGCGCGUGCAUGGCGCCUCCCGACGGCCGAGCGCCGCGAGAGCAUGGGCGUCUGCUUCAUCGGCGAGCGCGGCAAUUUUGGCGAUUUCGUCUCCCAAUACGUGCCCCCAUCGCACGGAUGGUUCGUGACGGAGGCAGGGGAACGCGUGGCCCCACACCGCGGCCUCGCGGCAUACACUGUGGGCCAGCGCGCGCGGCUGGCCACUAUGAAGCCCGGCAUGGGGGGCAAGUGGUUCGUGGCGCGCAAGAUCGGGAGCGACAUCCUUAUCGUGCCCCGCGCCGACCACCCCGCUUUGCAGUGCGUGCGGGUGUGGAGUGAUACGUUCCAUUGGAUUGCUGAGGGGCGCGAGGGCGAGGUGCUUGCGCAGGUGCGCCACCGCAUGGCGCCGGUGCGCGCGCGUGUGCGCCGAGAGGGCGAGCGUGUCGUUGUGGAAUUUCCCGAGCCGGUGGCUGCCGUGCCGGAAGGCCAGGUUGUGGGAUUGUGGGACGGAGAUAUGUGUCUUGGCUCGGGGGUGAUUAGCGGGACUUGCACGGCGGACGAAGAGGAGGGACGUGUAUAGAUUGGAGGCGCAGGUUGUUGUACAUUACACCACUCAUUGCAUGGCAUGGCAUCUAACG